AUGAGCCAAGCCUCAUUUGUUCACUUGAUUUUACACACAUGUGCUCGUGGCUUGGCCGAAUCUGCCCCUUUACGUUUCUCGUUGCUGCCUGUCUUUUGCCGGUUUUUCUAUGUUUACAAACGCAACUGUGUAAUUAAGCGGCUGGUUUGUCGUGGGACCCGCUGCCUCGCUGUAAAUGACACAGAGUUUGCGCAACCAUGUCCACCACCCACACAAGUCACACGUUGGCAGAAAUAUCUCGUGACUGUGGCCGAUAAGACAGGCUGGAAGGAACAGUCAUCGGUCCUGGUCAAUCAUAGAGCACUAGUUAGCUUUGUUACCAACGCAUCUAGCCUGGCAACCGACAUCAGAGAGCUGAUUAUUAUGCAAGAUAAGUCGAAUCAGGGGUGGAAUGACAUGACGAAGCCCGGAGAAGAGAUUCGGCUUAAAACAGAUUUCUGCCAACCUUGA